AUGUCCGGUCCUUCGUUGGCUCCCUAUAUCUUGAAGCGCCCAUGGCUUCUAAGCUGGAUGAAACCUUUCGCCAAUUGGUACGCCAAUGCUGCCGGUUACAGACGACUAGGCUUGAGACACGAUGACUUGAUCCCGGAAGAGAACGACACCGUUCAGCUGGCCCUCAAGAGACUCCCCCCGAAAGAAGCGUACGACCGCGUUUUCCGAUUGAGAAGAGCUUUCCAGUGCUCACUUGCCCAUCAAUUAUUACCUCCAGCGGAACAGACAAAGCCUGAAGAGGAUAUUGCAUAUUUGAGCCCCAUCAUCGAAGCGAUCGAGGCCGAGAACAAGGAACGUGCCGAUCUGGAAUCUAUGACUGUCUCACCGCGAAAGUAG